AUGUCCAACAAAAUCACGGAUGCCCGCCUGGAGUGGCUCGAGGAGACACGCCGGCGGAAAAGCCUGCUGAUCCAGCAGCUCGAGGAGGAGGAGAAGAAGAUGGUGGAGGGCAAGGACGGGGCAGCGGCCGCAGACGAUGCUGCGGUGCCUCCCGAGCACGAGGUGGACGCCAAGCUGCAGGAGACGCUCAACUCGUACCAGCUCAACAUUGACCGGUUCAAGGAGGAGCUGGCGGCCAUUGAGAAGGAGUUUGAGUCUUGGCAGGAGAUGGGCUUCAGCCUGCCUGCGGGCAAGUGA